AUGCAGCUAUCAGUCCGCCCGGUCGAACACGCAGACGUUGCUCAGUGCAUCAAGAUCCGCAUCGAUACGCUCGGAUCCUUGGUCAUCGGACGCCCGCCGCCUUAUCCAGGCUAUGCACAAGAGUCGGAGGACAAGGUACCCGAUGAGAUCGAGAAAAGGACAUAUGUGCAGCAUCUGAAGGUGGUGGAUGUAGAUAAUGAAGAUAUUGUUAUGGCAUAUGCAAAAUGGGAAAUUUACCCGCAAGGCCGUCCUGAUCUUGAUCAAUUGCGCAAGCCUAUGGAUCCGGCUGAUAAAGAAGUCGAUCAAUAUGGAUCUCUAAGAGAGGCUGCUCAUGACUACUUUUGCAUCCCAAAGAGGAUGUACGGUGGAGAGUACAAUAUGUUGGCAAGCCGAUAG